GUAUUAUAAAAAACGUUUUUCAACCUUUGAUAUAAAAGCAAGCAUUGUAUGGAUGUUAAAUGUAAACAAACACAUGUUAACUUCAAAGAAAUGUUUAUUGGAUUGUUACAAUGGUGAAGAAUUCUGCAUCGUAUAAACCAAAGUAAUGGUUAAAACAAGAGUAUGCAUCACCUUUGUCGCUGUUAUGAUAGUUUUCUUUGUGUUAACAAUGUUUUUAUAUCGUUUCUUGAACCGAGUUUCUAAAAUGUCUUCUGAUGGAAAGAUCUAUAUUCCGAUGAACCCACAAAUGUUUAUAAAACAGGACAAAUCCCAAAAAGAUUACAGUAAAGAAAUAAAUCAACUUAAUCGAGAACAAGUAAGCAUGGACGACCCGAGGCUUAUAAAAUUAAUUCGUAAUCACUGGAUUGAAAAUCCAUCAGAUGCAGAAUAUAACCUUCAAUUCCCGGAUUUGCUGGAUCCAUCUGCAGGACAGGCUCCUUUCGUAGAUAACAGAAUGAGUUUCAAGGAAAGAGGGUUUUACGUUGAAUGUGGUGCUUUAGAUGGCGAAACUAGGUCGAACACUUUGAUGUUAGAACGUUUACGGAAAUGGAACGGACUGCUGAUAGAAGCCGAUCCAUCCAAUUAUAAAAAAUUGAAGGAAAAACACAGAAAAGCAUUUAGCAUCAACGCCUGUCUAAGUAUAUACCCCUUUCCGGUUAUAAUGCAGUUUAAGCAGCGAUUUAAUCAAGGUAAACUGAUAGAAAAUGAAAGGGAUCGUGGUGGGAAAAAAGGUACCAUCAUAGAGGUCCAGUGCUUCCCUUUAUACUCUAUACUGUUAGCUAUUAAUGUCACUCGUAUAAACUUCUUUAGCCUGGACGUAGAAGGAGAUGAACUCAAAGUUCUAAAAACAUUGCCUUUUGAUCAAGUUGACAUAGAAAUGAUGACUGUUGAGUAUAAACACAUUGACCUAGGCGAAGAUUAUCUUAAAAAUUAUGUAGAAAAUAAAGGAUAUGAUUCUUUGGUCAAAAUAGGACAUUAUAGGCAGUGGGCUAAUGAUAUUAUUUUUAAAAGGAGAAAAACGUAAUUUCAGAUAGUACUGUGGAUUCGUUAUUAUUGUUGGUAACCAAUUUUCAUUGAUUUCAUGGGAAUAGGCGAAUGUUCAACAAAUUAUAAAUUUCCUUUAGGUUUUCGUGCUAACUUUGGGCAAAACCACGUAAUCAAGUAUCAACAAAAAUGCUUUUUUCUUCAAUCCACGAAAAUUGGUAACCACGAAAAUAAAGGAAUUCACAGUAUUAACUUCUUUGGUUUGUUGUUAGUUGUUAAUCCACCAAAGGUGUUCAAAAAAACCAGUUUGUUAGGUGUUAUUCCACCAAAGGUGUUCAGACAACCAGUUUCUUGUCUUCCAUGGAGUAGGAAAUGUUUAAAUUUUGUUGAACUUUUGAUGUAAAGAGAGUCUAUACGUAGUGAAAGUUUUCAUGCAGGAUACAAUUUUCCCAACGAAUAUUUGUUUUGUGAGUACUUAAUCCAUAUAUUUGUGUAAGUUUUAAACAACCUUUCAUGCACUGCAAACAUUCAUUGAAAUUUGAUUCUAUAAGUCAAACAUAAAAAUAUAUUAAAAAAUAUUACAAGAACAUUUUUUAAACAUAUGCAACAUAUCAGACAUCCUUUUUUACGAUUGACUACCUUGAACAGUCAGAAAUAAACGACCCCUUACCUCCCCCCUAAAGAAAAUAAAAUAAAUUGUCAGUAACAAAGUGAGCAUACCCUCAUGUCCAGUAAUUUCGUUAAUCCGAUAAUCUUUUCAUUUCAAUAACAUAACGUUAAAUGAACGGGGUUACCAGAAGAAAGAAAUUCACAGCCAACAUCGUAUUUGAUUGAAAUAAGUAAAAGUAAAAGUAAAAUUGGGCCAAUAUAAAAAAAUCAUUAAUUGAAAAAAAUGUUAAAAAAUAUAUCACGAUGAAAAACAUUUUACCAUUAACUGUUAAGCCAGUUAUAUUAUGAAAAAUGAUACAAAUAAUAACAAAAAUGUUUUGAAUGAUGAGAUUUACCUAUUGUCUAUUUACUUCAAAACUGUCAAAUUACUUUUUAUAGUUGCUGCCCUUAAAUUUUACUAAUUUUUAAAAAAUUUUGCCUAUUAUCCUGAAAAUUAUAACAGAUAGGUUGAAACUUUAAAUGGCAAAAUUAUCAUCAAGACAAAAUCUACAAAUAAGUCAGCAUGGUCAAAAUCGUCAGACAACUCCUUAUUGGAGUUAUUUCCCUUUAAUUAAUUAUCAGUUAAUUGUGUGUGCCUAAUAUCUGGAAAACUAUAAUAGAUAGAUAGAAACAGUUAACUUAUAUAAGCAAAAAUGAUCAGCAUGACAACAUCUACAAAUACGUUAGGCAUGGUUGAAAUCGUCUGAUGACCCGUUGUUGGAGUUGUUGCCCUUUAAUGAUAAUUUUACCAAUAUUUUGUGUUUUUGUCUAAUAUCUGAAAAACUAUAAUAGAUAGAUCAAUACUUUAACAAGCAAAAAUUAUCAGCUAGCAAAGAUUUGAAAUUUAUGUCUACUGUUAUAAUCAGUUGACUCCCUAUUGGAGUUAGAGUUUUUAACCAUUUUUAGUGUUCUGCCUAUUAGAUCUAUCUUGAAAACUAUUAUAGAUAGAUAGCCACUUUAAAUAGCAAAAUUGAUCAACAAGACUAUUCUAGUCCACAAUUUUGGAGAGUGUUCCUUUUGGAAGAUACACAUAGACCUAGGUGAGAACACAGACUCUUUAGAGCCUCUAGUUCUCUGAAAUGUAUUAGCUGUUAAAUUACAAAAAUCAUUUACCAUAACCGAGAAAAAUAUGAGUUAUGCCUCUUUGAUUACCGUUUUAAAAUGCGUUUAGCUGCUUAGGGUGAUCAAAGCUCGCAAAUGUUUAUAGAAACGUUAUCUUGGUCUAACCAGUUUUACAUCAAACAUACAUACCAGAGAGAAUUCUGGGUUGAAGUAAGUUUUUCUUUAAGGAUUACAGUUACCUCGACAACGGAUGGUUUGUAUUUUGAAUUAAAACUCAGUAAUUUUGGAAAAAGACUUCCAAAUCGAAAAACGACCCGAAAAAAUGCAGAAAUGUUAUUAUUGGAGUCUUAAGAACUGGAUAAAAUUUAUAUCAAUUUAGUCACUUUCUAGCAUGACAAAUCAGUUCGAAAUUUUAGUCAUUGGAAAAUAAACACAAAUGAUGAGUUUCCAUUGGCAUUUAUGAUAAAGUAAUCUUUAAUCAGGAUACAUAUGUUUUGUUCACUGGUACUGAAGAAAGCAAUCUUGAGGUUUAUGAAAUGACAUUUACGUUUUGUUAUAUAUUUUACUUAGACUAUAGAAGAAACAAAAAGGAUGGCGAAUUAAGCUUAUUGCUAUAUCCCCUUUAAUGCUGGAGAUCACAAUUACACAUGUUUACAUUGUCCACACAGUAUAAUAUGCUCAUUACUGAAGACCGAUACUUCUGUUGACCAAAAGUAAAUACAAAUCAGUUUGCCAUGAUUGUUUUUGGCAUAAAAGUCAUGACGUUUGCAUCUAAGAUAUGUGAUUGUUCAUUUUUGUCGAGCCUGCGACUUUUGUCGCAGAAAGCUCGACAUAGGGAUAGUGAUCCGGCGGCGGCGUUAGCUAACUUCUUAAAAUCUUUAUAUUUUAGAAGGUGGAAGACCUGGAUGCUUCAUACUUUGUAUAUUAAUGCCUUAUGUUACGAAGUUUCUGUCUGUCACAUGUCCAUUGUCCUUGACCUCAUUUUCAUGGUUCAGUGACGACUUGAAAAAAAAAGUUGUGAUUUUUUGUAAUGUUAAUUUCUCUCUUAUUAUGAGUAAUAGGAUAACUAUAUUUGGUCUGUGCUUACCUAUCAAGGUCCUCAUGCCCGUCAGACAGUUUUCACUUGACCUCGACCUCAUUUCAUGGAUUAGUGAACAAGGUUAAGUUUUGGUGGUCAAGUCCAUAUCUCAGAUACUUUAAGCAAUAGGUCUAGUAUAUUUGGUGUAUGGAAUGAUUGUAAGGUGUACAUGUCCAACUGGCAGGUGUCAUCUGACUUUGACCUCAUUUUCAUGGUUCAGUGGUCAAAGUUAAGUUUUUGAGUUUUGGUCAUUUUUCUUAUACUAUAUGCAAUAGGUGAACUAUAUUUGGUGUAUGGAAAUAUUUUAGGAUGUACAUGUCUGUCUCGCAGGUUUUAUCUGACCAUGACCUGAUUUUCACAGUUCAUUGCUCAGUGUUAAAAUUUGGUGUUUUGGUCUAUUUUUGUUCAACUAUAAGCAAUAGGUCAACUAUAUUUGGUGUAUGGAAUGUUUAUAAGGUGUUUAUGUCUGUCAGCCAGGUAUCAUAUGACCUUAACCCCUUUUACAUGGCUCAUUGGUCAAUAUUAAGUUUUAAUGCUGAACUUUGUUUCUUAGAAAAUAUAAGCAAUAGGUCAACUAUAUUUGGUGUAUGAAUGAUUGUAAGGCGUAUCUGUCUGUCUGGCAGGGUUCAUAUGACCUUGACCUUAUUCACAUGGUUCAUAGGUCAAUUUUAGUUUUUUGGGAAGUACAUGUUUGCACUUUUUGCAAUUCCUGUUAUUAAAGUGAAAGAGACAACAAUGUAAAAUUAAUGCAAUUCAAAUACUUUUUGUGAAAAAUAUCAAAAAUAAAGAAAUAACUUUUGCAGUUAUAAUGUUCAUAAUGAGAAGGUCACCUAUUUUAUUUUAGUCUCGCCUCUACAAAGUUGAAAAAGCGAGACAUAGGUAUGCUGUUUCUGGCUGCGGCGGGGUCAACAAUGUAUUAUUUUGUGAUCAGGUCAGUUUAUGGGGAACCACUAGUGGUAGGUCAAUGAUAUUUGGUAUGCAGUUGUAUAAGCAUUGGCAUAUCUGAUUUCCAUGGAGAUUAUUUGGUCCCGCCCCCUCAUUCAUGGUCUAUUGACUUUGAAACUUUUGCUUAGUUUUCAUGUAUUAGUUUGUGAUUAGGUCAGUUUAAGGGGAACUGUUAGUGGUAGGUCAAUGAUAACUGGUAUGCAGUUGUAUAAGCAUUAGCACAUCUCAUUUCCAUGGAGAAUGUAUUGGCAUUUGCAAGUUUCAUUUCCAUAGAGAUUAUAUAACCCCACCCCCUAAUUAUGGUUCAAUGACUUUGAAACUUUUACAUAGUUUACAAGUUAAUGUUUGUGUUUAGGUUUGUUUAAAGGGAACGACUUAUGAAAAGUCAAUGGUAUUUGGUUUGCAGUUGUAUUAGCAUUGGCACAUCUCAUUUCCAUGGAGAUUGUUUAGCCCUGUACCUUCAGUCAUGGUUCAUUGACUUAUAUUAUUUGUAUAACUUACAUGUUAAAGUAUUGCUAUUUUAAUUUCAACAUUUGCAUUAUCAAAAUAACAGAUAGGCGAGACAUAUCUCUGUUUUAACAGUUUAUUUAGACAAAACAGCAGUAAUGACCUGGAAUUUUUGUGUGGAUGGAAAUGGUUAUAUGUGUACACUAUUGUAGAUUAAUAAAAAGAUUCUGUUUAAGGAAUGGUUUUGAAUAAGAAUUAAAUUGAUUUAAAAAUAUUGUCCAUGAUGAAAAUUGGUCAUUUUGAAUGUAUUAUAGAUUUUAUGAUUAUAUUUUUGAUGUAUAGUAUUUUACAAAUUGUACAUUCUUGUAUUUCUAUUUUAUACUAUUGUAGCAUUUAUAAAAAGGAAAGUUCAAUAUCUACAUACACUUUUAUUUCCUUAAUAUUUCAUUGUUUGAUUUUAAUUUGUUUUCGUAAAGGAUUAUGUUUGUUAACAUGUUAAAUGGUACACAACCGUUUAAAUUUACUGAUAAGAUUUUCACACCAG